UACGUGGAUGUGAGUGGAACCGCCCCGUGACCUCAACCCUUCUGUCUCUUUUCACCUAAUUCCCUUACCAAAGUACCAAACACUCGACCACCUCUAACAACAUCCACACACACACACCCAUAUAUAUAUACACACACACACACACAUACAUAUUGAGAAACCACAUAGAAGCCAUAUAAUAUUUUGGUCGUACCUUUGUAUCUUUGGCAAAACACAAAAAACCAAAACCAUAAUAAAAAGCGCUCCUUAUAUUUGUGUAAUUGAUUCUAAUUGUCGUAUAGAUGCUCAAAUUCAAUUCAACCAAAGCUCCUAAUUUAUUUCUUCUCUUUCUCUUCCUUCUUGUUAUCCUUCUUUGUUCAACGCAAACACAAUGCCACACGAAAGGUCUACGGUUACGACCAAGAAACCAGAAGAAUGUGAACGCGACGAGUGAUCGGACACAAAACCCGGAAGAUGAGUUCAUGAAAUGGGUGAGAUUUGUUGGGAGCCUUAAACACUCAGUGUUCAAGACAGCCAAGAACAAACUCUUCCCUUCUUAUACGCUCACUGUCCAUAAGAAAUCCAAUAAAGGUGACUUCACUAAAAUCCAAGACGCCAUUGAUUCUCUCCCUCUCAUCAACCUUGUUCGUGUCGUAAUCAAAGUUCAUGCCGGAGUUUACAAGGAGAAGGUGAAUAUACCACCAAUGAAGGCGUUCAUAACAAUACAAGGGGAAGGAGCAGAGAAUACAAUAGUGGAAUGGGGAGAUACAGCACAAACACCUGACUCAAAAGGCAACCCCAUGGGGACCUUCAACUCUGCCUCUUUCGCCGUUAAUUCUCCUUUCUUUGUCGCCAAGAACAUCACUUUCAAGAACACGACCCCGGUCCCUUUGCCUGGCGCAGUUGGGAAACAGGCAGUGGCAUUGAGGGUGUCCGCAGACAAUGCAGCGUUUUUCGGGUGUAAAAUGCUUGGUGCCCAAGACACUCUAUAUGAUCAUUUGGGAAGACAUUAUUACAAAGACUGUUACAUUGAGGGAUCUGUUGACUUUAUCUUUGGCAAUGCCCUUUCUCUCUAUGAGGGGUGUCACGUGCAUGCGAUAGCGGAUAAGCUAGGAGCAGUGACGGCACAAGGGAGGAGCAGUGUGCUAGAGGACACCGGAUUCUCGUUCGUAAAGUGUAAGGUGACAGGGACAGGGGUAUUAUACCUUGGGAGGGCAUGGGGUCCCUUCUCAAGAGUCGUCUUUGCUUACACCUAUAUGGACAACAUCAUCCUCCCUAGAGGCUGGUACAAUUGGGGCGACCCUUCCCGUGAGAUGACGGUGUUUUAUGGGCAGUACAAGUGCACGGGAGCAGGAGCAAACUAUGCAGGGAGGGUGGCUUGGGCAAGAGAGCUCACAGACGAAGAAGCCAAACCUUUUAUAUCUCUUAACUUUAUCGACGGCUCUGAAUGGAUCAAACUCUAACCUUUACACACGACUUAAUAAUGUACAUUUUCACUAUAAUAAAAAUCAAAAUAUUUUAUAUAUAUAACAUCUUACAUA